AGUAUGGUUUGGGACGCGGAAGGGGGAAGACGCAGGUGUGUUGCUCCGUGUUGCUCAUCGGCCUUGCUCGCGUCGCUUUCACCUGCCAGUCUCCCACGCGCGACUCCGCUCUCAAACACUUCGCCGUUGCAUCACUACCACCAAAGGCUCUAGCUGAAGUGCAACGGGUUCUCAAGGGUGUUUUUACGGUUUUAGUGACAGAUUAAUGAGGUUUGUACAUGAUUAAGAGGAGCAACAGACUUAAGGACCCGGGUAAACGUCUCUGUGGCCUUUGAAAAUAAUCUUGGUGAUUGAGAGAGUGGAAGAGACAGAGCUCCGGAGCGUUUCAGAACACGGGUCUCGCGCGCUGGAACCUCAACGGCUGCAUGUAUUUGCGACAGGGACAGAAUGAGCGUGUGAUAUUUAACCUUUAAGCAAGAGAGGGAGAAGAUAAGACAGACAGAGAGAGAGAGAGAGAGAGAGAGAGAGAGAGAGAGAGAGAGAGAGAGAGAGAGAGAGAGAGAGAGAGAGAGAGAGAGUAGGAAAAAAAUAUUAGUGCUGGAAACUCGAGUGCAUUUCAAUACCUAAGACAGACUACAUGCCCCCUGCCGCGCCCCCAGCCAAGGCCACACAGGGGCGCGGCGAUCCCCCUGCCAGAUGACCGCCGCCUCCCUGCCGCCCCUGAAGCAGUCAUGAAGUUCUUGUUCAGGAAGAAAUGCAAACAAGGAAAGAACUACGUGGAGAAGCUGCCGUGGGUGGCCAUCCAGAGCGACCUGCUGGAGGUGACCCUCGGCAGCCGCGGGGGCAGCCGCAGCGUCAGCCCGGGCCCGGAGGAGGGCGGGGCGGGCGGGGCUUGGUGUGUGCGGGUGUGCCUGCUGAGGCUGGUGCAGUUCGCCCUCCUGCUGGCCACGCUCGCCACUGUGGCUAACUUCGUGGCCUCAGCCCUGCUGGCCGCCCCAGCCCCACACCCACGCCCGCUGCUUCCGCCUGUGUCUGAGGACGCCCUACCCCACGCCGCCCCGACCACUCUCCUCGACCUGGACGACUUCGAGCUGUUGCACGAAGCUGAGGCCGCCUGCCAACCCGCGCGCCUCUUCUUCCUCUUCCUUGUGCACUCCCGACCCGACCACUUCCGCCAGCGGCAGGCCAUCCGCGCCACAUGGGGCAGCGCCCGGGACCUGGGCGAGGGCUGGGCCACCCGCACCGUGUUCCUGCUGGGGCGCGGCGGCGGCGGAGACGGCAACAGUGUGGUCCCGGACAGCAGCGUGUUUGACGUGGAGGGCGUGGUGGCGCGGGAGGCGGCGCGGCACGGGGACCUGGUGGUGGGCUCCUUUGUGGAUCACUACCACAACCUCACCUACAAGCACGUGAUGGCGCUGCGCUGGGCGGCGCGCCGCUGCUCCCACGCCAUCUUCCUAGUCAAGGCGGACGACGACGCCUUCAUCGACGUGCUGGCGCUGCGGGCGCUGCUGGGCCGCACCUUCAGCUUACCUCCGCCGCGCCGUACGCUGGCCUGCAACGCGCUCCCGGCGGGCACGCAGCCUCAGCGGACAGGCAAGUGGGCGGUGAGCCGCGAGGCUUACCCGUGGCCCGAGUACCCGCGCUACUGUGCCGGCCUGGCCUACCUGGUGACGCCCACGGUGGCUGACCUGCUGGCGCGCGCGGCGCAGGCGGAGGUGGCGCCCCGGGUGUGGGUGGACGAUGUGUGGGUGACGGGACUCCUGGCCGAGGCGCUUGACCUGCGGCCUCACUACCUCAACCUACGCUACUCCUACGACCACGACGAGGUGGCUGAGUGGGCGGCCAGUGCGCGCCCCGCCGCCCCGCCGCCCUACACCUUCGUGCACCUGGACGCCGCCCGCCCUGACUGGCGAUCCACGCUAGACACACUGUGGAGUCACGCCCUCACCGUCCACACCUCCCUGGCGCCCAAUGCCACCACAAAAGCACCGCCCGCGGCGUCGUAGCGACGGGGGUUGUGGAGCCUCUGUGCCAAAGUGCGUACAAACAACAGUAAUGGACACGAACCCGCCGCCUGUGUCGCCGCCGAGGGUCACCGAGGAUUGCGGCGGGGCUUCCAUAUUGUUGCGCCCGCCCUCCCCGGAAGCCCCGCCGCAGUCUGGGGAUGGGACGGUCACGACCUCCAUGACCUUCGAUGGCGGGUCGCUGACUUUCCGCAUGACGCUGAAUCAGCUCUAGAGGCCAAAGCUGAUGUGGGAAGCAGAUGACCCGCCGUCACAGGCGGCUGGUCCGCCGCCCCCACCCCGGCUUCUGUUGACAUGAGCCGCGCCGCAGCCACCGCUGUGACGCGCCGCCGUGCCGCCACGCAAGCACGGAAGUCGGAAGGUCAUUUUCCAGACGACAGACGACGGCCGGUGAGGGCCGGGGGCCGAGGACCCACCAGCCUGCAUCGCCAAAACCUGAUAAUCACGUCACGGCACGGCGCGGAGGCGCGCACCUCCCGCUCCGUGCCUGACACCACGCCGCGGCCCGCCAGGCACGCCCGUUAGGCAGCGCCGCGGCGCCGCUGGCAUCCCAGUCACUGUGCAUGACAAAUCUCACACAGGUAACGCUUACCUAACAAGUGCUCGUCUCGCGCGCCUAACGAACCGCCGCCUAACACGACCCGCAACGCUCCUCUCGCACCGAACCCCCAAGCACUAGACGCUCCGCCCCGCCAUGACUGUGCAAUGGCGGCCGCCGAUCACCCGUCAUAGUGGAGGCCCGGGCUGGCGUGGGCGUGACGUGGGCGGGCGUAGGAGACCGUUGGGGCAAAGUGUGAACACGUAAGGGAGAACAUUAACCCUUCACCAUGCCGCCAUCAUCCCCCUCCCUUCCCCCAUCAUCCUACCCCCCCUGCCUCAAACACUCUCCCCCUGCCCCCAACACCCUCUCACCCCUGCCCCCAUUAUUCUCUUCCCAUACUCCAUCUAAUCAGCAGACCUCUCCAUGGUCCCCUCAUCAGCCGUCCUCCACAUGCUCCCGCGUCACCAUUCAACCCAUCCUUGCCCUCACUUCACCCCUCCCCUGUCCUGCCUCCUCCACCCUCAUACACGAACUAAUCUGUGAUAUGUAAUUAUAUGUUGAAUAAAACCCAUAAGGAGA